AUGUCUGCUUCUGUUGAGCAAGCAAUCGAGCAAGUAGCCGAAGCUAUUGCAAGGGUGGAAAAUGAAAUUGAGGAGAUCAACGAAAUUCUCAAGAACCCCACCAUUUCGGACGUUGACAAAGCUUAUUAUCGGCAAAAGGAAGACAGGCUUCGGCAAAAGGAAAGCCAGCUUCUGCAAAAGGAAGACAGGCUUCGGCAAAAGGAGUUGUUGUUGAUUGAACGCACUCCAAUGCCAUCCAUUCUGGAAAACCAAAGUGUGAACACUCCGUUCCUAGAGGACAUGCAAAAGGACAUUACUGCAAUCAAAGAGUCUGUUUCCAUACCUGCCAGAGCUACCCCUCAAAAAACUCCAGCAAGUUUUGGGGCAGAGGAGCUUAGCCGUCUGGAAGGAAUUGGAAAUGUGCACAAUCCUGAUGAGAAAGGAAAAGGUGACGCAGUCCUCACCACCGAGCAAUCGGGUAACCUGUUACAAUUAGAAACGGAGCAUCAAGUGGUUGCUUUCUUGACCCCAUUCCUUACAGCUGUUUUCCAAUGCAAUGGGUCUUCUAAUAGAGUUCUUGUGAAUUCUGAAGAGUACAAGUGGCUGAAGACAUCUGGUGACGAGAAAAGUACCUACAACCAAAAACCGGACAUGUUUAUUUGCCACAAGUCCCUCUACCAAAAACGCGAUCCAUUUGCUGCAACGGGGGAUAGCAAGCUGCAUCAGAUGCGGCGAUCAACGGACAUUUUUGGGCAAUUGUCACACUGGAACCUUCGUCGCUUCCUCUGCGUUGUCUUGGAGGCAAAAAAAGACAUUAGUAAUUCAGCGUUUGGACAGACCAUCAACUACGCAGCUCACCUCUCUUUUGAAGAGAGCGGUCCCAUAACGGUACGCCUGGUUCUUUUCGAUCGAGAAUCUUUCUGGCUAGUUGAGACUGUUAAAGGAAGAGCUUCCUCCGUUAGGAAGUGUCGAUGGGUCGACGGCGGGUCGAAAUCACGGUUGGAAAAGUUCAUGCUGCAAGAUCCCCUGAUUAAGGUCCUUGACAAGGCUUGCUUUGAGUUAGGCCUAGUGCCCGAAGAGAACGGAUACUUGGGCAGUGGAGCGUUUGGUCUAGUUUUUAAAGUCUGUAAUCAGAAUGGAGUGGCCUUUGCAUUGAAGAUAGUUCCAGAUGUUGAUGACAACGUGGCAGAACUUCAAAAGCAAAUGUCGAUUACUAAUGAAGCUAAACGGAAAUGCCCUCACCUAAUUGUCGGCGCUGAAGAGGAUUCUUUCAGGAAAUUUGAAAGCUAUUAUUGA